CGGUGUCGGAUGUGCUUGCUUGCAAAUACGGUAUUAAUGAAGUACAUAAAUAAUCAGCGAYAAAAUGGGUUUGACACAAUAUUUUAUUUUAAUUUGGUGCUUUGCGCGGGUAUUACCCCAGUCUAUUAAUAYUUCCAACCGCGGUGAGAGUGAGAAACAACCCUUCAUACAGAUCGGUAGUAAAUAUUACCUAAUAAACACUGCUACUACGAUGAAUUGGUUCGGUGCGAUGCUUUACUGUCGCAACUAUGAUAGUGAUUUGGCCGUAAUCGAAUCGGAAGCUGAGAUGAAUGCACUGAAUUCCUAUUUAACCACGAAUGAAGGUCACACUGGCCUUCAUUUCUGGCUUGGUGUCACCGAUUUGGCCGUGGAAGGUAAAUUUAUGUCAAUUAAAGACGGACGUCUCAUGCUCUAUGCUAAAUGGUCAGGCGGUCAACCAGAUAAUACUGGUAAAAUCGAGGAUUGUGUUCAUCUUUGGCUCGUUAAUAACAUUUUCCAUAUGAAUGAUAACAAUUGCAUGGCUCAACUUCAUGCCAUCUGUGAGUUGCGACAAUCGAAGAAGACUUGUGACGUGUGUGAUUUGAAAUUUAUGGAAAGAUUCAUGCUACGUACAAAUGUUCCACACUGUCAAAACUAGUUAGGUGUCUCGGAAUGCUUCAAGAGAGUAAAUAUCAAUGAGCAAGAUUCGAUGCAAAAUUGAGGAUUGGCUAUGCUACCUCCAAAUGUCAAAUCAACAUAAUUAUUAGUGUUUAGUAUACACACAGUGCGUUCGGCGAUUUUUACGAUGAGUGAAAUUGUUCAAAGAAGUUCCUUUAAGUUUUGCGUGCGGAGUCAAAUUUCUGUUGUCGAAACGUUCAGAAGAUUGGAAAAGGCUUUCGGUGAUAAUAUUUUUUCUCGAACAAGUGUUUUUGAUUGAUACAAAUUAUUCAAGGAGCGUAAAGAAUGACGAUUUACGUCAAUAAAAUAAAGAAAUUGGCGCUUGAGAAUCGACGAUUAAUAGUCGGAAAUCUUUCGAGCAUCGUUGGAGCAUUGGAAUGAUCAGCGAAAACAUUUUUAAAAGAUCAUUUGGGGCUAAGAAAAGCAGAUUGAUUCU